AUGACCGUGUUUGAUCAGGUGCAGGGUUUGUUGGACAAGCCGGAUAUCCCCUUUAAAAGCAUCAUUGCUGGGAUUUCGAUCGGUAAAUUUGUGUUUGAAACUUAUCUUACGUAUCGUCAGUAUAAGGUUCUUUCCAAGAAAACGCUACCCAAGGUGUUGGAGAACGAGAUCGAUGACGAGACGUUUCUGAAGUCCGAGGAAUACUCGAGAGCCAAGGCAAAGUUCUCAGUGGUCGUGGACGUGUACGAAUUGGUGCAGAAACUGGUGUUUAUCAAGAUAGAUGCGUUUCCACGUCUGUGGAAGUUCGGUGUGCAGCUGGCCAACUUUAUUUUGCCAGCUAAGUUCCAUGCGGUUUCAACCGUGGCUCAAAGCUUGUGCUUCUUGAGCGUGUUGAGCAACCUGUCGACGAUCCUGGAUAUCCCCACAUCGUACUACCAACAUUUUGUUCUGGAAGAAAAAUUUGGCUUCAACAAGUUGACUGUCAAACUAUGGAUCACUGAUAUGGUUAAGAGCGUGGCGUUGAGCCAUGCUCUCGGCGGCCCCAUCUUAUACGGGUUCUUGAAGAUCUUUGAAAAAUUCGAGACCAACUUCCUGUGGUACAUCUGUUUGUUUACCUUCGCUGUGCAGGUCCUGGCCAUGGUCUUGGUGCCAAUGUACAUUAUGCCCCUGUUCAACAAGUUCACGCCUUUGGAAGACGGAGAGCUGAAGACAUCUAUUGAGAACUUGGCCAAGAGCGUUGGGUUCCCCUUGGAUCAGAUCUUCGUCAUCGACGGCUCCAAGAGAUCCUCGCAUUCGAACGCAUAUUUCACUGGCUUGCCCUUCACGAGCAAGAGAAUCGUCCUUUUCGAUACCUUGGUGAACGAGAGUUCUGUGCAGGAGAUCACCGCGGUUUUGGCCCAUGAGAUAGGCCACUGGCAGAAAAACCACAUACUAAACAUGAUCCUGUUCAGCCAAGUGCACGUCUUUGUCAUCUUUUCCCUUUUCAUCGGCGUCUACCGUAACCUGUCGCUCUACAACGAUUUCGGAUUCUUCAUCGGCGCUCCAGGCUCUGUUCUCAGCUCUUCUUCCAAAGUGUUUACUCCAGAAUGGCCUAUCAUUGUGGGAUUCAUGCUGUUCAGUGACUUACUGACCCCAAUGGAGUGCUUCAUGCAAUUCGUAAUGAGUCUUGUGUCAAGACUGCAUGAGUUCCAAGCGGAUGCAUACGCAAGAGGUCUUGGUUUCUCCAAGCAACUAUGUCAAGCGUUGAUCAACCUACAGAUCAAAAAUUUGUCCACAAUGAACGUCGACCCGCUCUACUCGAGCUACCACUACUCCCACCCAACGCUUCCAGAGAGACUCACCAAUCUGGGCUACGUUAGUGAAAAGAAGAAGCGCUGA